AUGAAGGCCUUGGCAAAAAUUUUCUUGGGAUUUUUUUUCUUUGAUGCAAUUGCAGCUGCUCCUACAAUGAGUUCUGUAACGUAUGACUCUGAAACAUAUGAUGUUACCUUGGAAGAUCUGGAUAAUCUAUAUGAUUAUGAUGAAAAUCUGUCUGUUGAUCAGGCACAGGUAGAGAUUGGAACAGUCUUACCAUCCAUAACUCAAGAGAUUUAUUUUCCUUCACCUUUGCCAGAAGAACCUGAAGAAGAAGCAUCCACACCCAAACUUAUUGAUGGCUCUUCACCUCAUGGUCCAGGAGUUCUUGGUCCACAUACCCAUGAAGGACUACCAACUUGUCUGUUGUGUACUUGUCUGGCUACAUCAGUGUAUUGUGAUGACCGUGAACUGGAACUUCUCCCACCUUUGCCCAAGCAAACCACCCAUUUCUACUCCCGCUACAAUAGAAUCAAGAAAGUCAACAGGGAUGACUUUGCUAAAUUAAGCAACUUAAAAAGGAUUGACCUGACUUCCAAUUUCAUAUCUGAAAUUGACGAAGAUGCCUUCAGGAAUUUACCACAACUUCAGGAGCUGAUACUCCGAGACAACAAAAUAAGGCAGCUUCCAGAAUUACCACCAACCUUGGUCUUUAUUGAUAUUAGUAACAACAGACUAGGUCGCAAAGGAAUAAAGCAAGAAGCAUUUAAAGAUAUGUUUGAAUUGCACCAUCUUUACAUCACUGAUAACAACUUGGAUCAUAUCCCACUUCCACUUCCUGAAAGUCUCCAAUCACUUCAUCUGCAGAAUAAUAAUAUACAAGAAAUGCAUGAAGAUACGUUCUGCAAAAUGAAAGAUUAUUCUUACAUCCGGAAAUCUCUUGAAGACAUCAGGCUAGAUGGCAAUCCAAUUAACUUGAGUAAAACCCCUUAUGCUUAUAUGUGUCUACCCCGUAUGCCCAUUGGAAGCCUUUUUUAA